UCCAGCAAAAAAUCGCUUAGCUGGGCAAUACAAAAUUGUUUAUAAACUGAGCCCUCUCUAUUAAUAAGGUUGCCAUAUUAAUAACUGUAAUCAUGGCUAAUGGUUCUCAAGGUCGGGCCAAGGAUUUUGACUUCAAGACGCUUUGCGAGACCUUUGCUGAGAUCUGUCCGGAUUUUCAAAGUGCCACCGGAUCGGAUAAGUUAGAAAGCUUGGACUUUGCCAACCGUGUGCUUUUUCAAUUGGGUCCCAAGAUGCGGCAGUUGAAGCAGAGCGGCAAUGAUCAGAUGUGGCGUCUGGUGUUCAAUGGCGGUGGGAGCGUCUAUGUAUAUACGUAUACGUUCCAGAAACCGAUCAGCGGACAGCCACGGCUUGGUGGAGGCAAGCUAUAUCUGACUGUAAAGCAGGCGGGCUUGCUGGCGGUUAAGAAGUUGUGUGCUCUUUUGCCCGAGUUUUAUAACCCGCGAGAUAAAAUUCUGCUGACUCCGCUCGCCAGAGCUGUAUUUGAUCCCUCAAAUAUUCAGAAGAUUGCCAGUGGACUGACCAAUAUUCUUGGGCAGAGAGUGGAUUGUAAUGAAGUGGUGCGUGCUGUGAUCAGCAGCUGUCAGACCGAUGGUUUCCAUUUGGAGCAUAGCAAGAGCCACAUUGCCGUAGUGGCCGUCGGUGUCAGUACUCGUGAUUUUGCAGAACGCAAAAAGCUUCGAAAGAAGACCGUAAAACAGUACUUGAAUUAUGGCAAGUUAUUUGAUCCAAAUCAGUACAAGAUUUACACCAGAUUCUCUAGGAUGACUGCCCAAAUCGCUGCAGAACCACCACUUUCCGAUCCAGAUCCAGAGCCCAGUGUCAAACCAAGAGUGCUUAACGUUAGUGGGGUAUUAAGUUCCAUUGCCAAGGCAGCCGAUGAUCCAUUGAGUGGCGAGACCAUCUACAUGAAGUUUAAAGCUCCUCUUAAUCAGGGAAAGAGAGCAGAAGUGGAGGCUAUGCCAACGUCAAUGGAUAUCCGUCUGGAAGGGACAAGCAUGGAGAACGUAAGAUCCAAAAUACUGGCAUCAUGUCAAACAUCCAGUUGGUCAACUGAUGGCUGGUAAAAUUGAUGAUGAUUUAUAAUUUUUAAAUAUUUU